GGCAGGCGGAGCCCUUAUUUCUCUGAGGCUCGUGUGUGAUCUGAGCAGGUUUGUCACAAACUGACGGCCGCGUUCGAACACAAUCACCAUCUGACCUUUGAUUUGGACCAAAGUGACCAAGACCUGUCUGUCAGGAGGGGUGAAGACAAAAUGCCAACGGAUCCGGUCCGGUUCGUUUCAUGAUGGGGAGGGAAACCUAACUGGGAAAUAAAGACGGAUUAUCGAUCGGGGUCCAGGAGUCACCAUGACGCCACGGCCCAAGUUCUCCCUACUCACCCACCUGCUCCUGAUCCUCUUGCCUCUCACUCAGUCGUUCCUGCACCCUCCCCACCACCCACCGGCCUACAUGCACAUGCUGGUGCCUCAUGCACCCACGCCUUUGAGCCGCUCUCGCUUCAGCGCCCACACCCAGCUGGACUUCACCACCCACUGCAACUCCAGCUGCUUCCACCGAGGACAGGAGGCGGCCCAGGGGCAACAGCUCAGCGGCAAACUCGCUUUCGAGACCCUUUAUGCCGACGGCUCCCGCACCCUUACGACUGUGGACGUGGAGGACGAUGAGGAGACUGAGGGUGCUGGAAGCCGCUUUCGUCACCCGUCAUUGUACAGGAAAAUGCCACGGGUGAAGCCCGGGCACAGGCGCACCAGGCGGCAGAUCUAUGGCGCAGACGGACGGUUUAACAUUCAAGGUGAUAAGUUCUUGCUGGACUACCCGUUCUCCACAGCUGUACGGAUCUCCACAGGCUGCACUGGAGUUCUUGUGUCUCAGCAGCAUGUCCUAACAGCCGCCCACUGUGUGCACGAUGGGAAAGACUACGUCAAGGGGGCGCGAAAGCUCAGGGUGGGUUUCUUGAUUCCGCCAUCCAUUAAUAGCACCACAACUGGCCCGAAAUCCGCCAAGAAGCCUCUGGUACGCUGGGUGAGGGUCAAACGCACUCGUGUGCCAAAGGGCUGGAUCCAGGGCCCACAAGAGGUCAGCAUGGACUUUGAUUACGCCCUGCUGGAGUUGCGCUGGCCUCACCACCGGCCAUUCAUGCGCCUUGCUGUGGCUCCUUCCUCUGAUGACCUGGCAGGGCAUCGUAUCCACUUCUCAGGUUUUGACAGCGAUCGACCAGGAGAGCUGGUCUACCGCUUCUGCCCGGUGGAAGAAGAGUCUAGCAACCUCAUAUACCAGCACUGCGAUGCCCGACCUGGAGCCAGCGGCUCAGGGGUGUACGGAAGGGUGUGGGACAAUUCCUUAGCACGAUGGGAAAGGAAAGUCAUCGGUAUUUUCUCUGGACACCAAUGGCUGGAGAUAGACGGGGAGAACAAGGACUACAACGUGGCCGUGCGCAUCACUCCUUUGAAGUUUGCUCAGAUCUGUUACUGGUUGCAUGGCAACCGUCUAGACUGCACCCAGGAUUAAGAAAGAACAGAAAAUGGGUAGUUCUGACUGUGGGGAAUUUGCGGUAGAAGAUAGUGACUGAAAAAAAAAAAAAAGAAAAAAAAAAAAGACAAAACAUUGGAGCAAUGUCUUCCUGGCAAAAUGCAAGAAGAGAUCCACGAUAUGCUCUAAAGAUUUUAGGCCAUAAUUGAAUAUAGUCAAGUCUGAUCUGCUACCUACAGCUUCGGGAGGUGAGAGUAUAGGCCAAUUAAGUCCACAUAAUGUCUAGGUGUUUAGGAUGUAACCUCUUAUGAGGACAGUUUGUUUCAGCAGACAAUGUUCCAAAUGUUGUUUGGACAAUGUUUUAUUGUCAGGGGUAAAGUUUUAUUUUUUAAUAAAGAGAUUUAUAGCUGU